AUGGAUCUCCUGUGCAAGCCACCGAAUAAGGGGACUUCUGAUUGCUCCUUCAGCGAGCUGGAUAUGAACAAAUGUCCAUUUUUGAGGAACAUACACAAACCGACCAAUUUUUCUUUUGGUUCUUUGAAGUUCUCCAGCGUUAACCAUAAGGAAGCCAAUGGUCCGAUUUUUGAGGAUGGUCCAAACUUCGAGUCAGCCUUUAAACUCUUUCACGGGAAAGACGGGGUUGUCCCUCUCACUGGGAGCUCUCAAAUCCAUCUUGACAAAUAUGAAACUGAGGCUGUUCCAAAAUUCAACCCUUUGGUAUCAACCGCUGCCUCUAUCAGUAUGUCAUCAUUUGGACCUGGAGGCCCUUUCGGUUUCAAUUCUUUCUUCAGAAAGAUCCCAAAAAAUAAGACUAAUAAGUCAUCCAGAAAGAAAGAGCAUUCCCUUAAGGCGCUAGGGAAUGAAUGGCUCGAGAGAGGCAACUGCCCUAUCGCGAAAUCCUACCGUGCAGUCAGCCACGUCCUCCCGCUAGUUGCUGCCUCCCUCCGUCCGCCACCUGGACUCAAGCUCAAGUGCCCGCCAGCUGUCGUGGCUGCACGGGCAGCCCUUGCCCGAACUGCCUUCGUCAAAAGCGUUCGUCCGCAGCCGCUGCCCGCCAAAAUAUUCGCGAUCGGUGCACUUGGGAUUGCUGCUAAUAUCCCGCUGGGUGUAUGGAGAGAGCACACGACAAAGUUUUCCUUGUCUUGGUUUGCAGCUGUGCAUGCGGCAGUCCCAUUCAUAGCCAUGCUUAGGAAAUCGGUAGUCAUGCCCAAGACAGCCAUGGCUCUCACCAUCAUGGGCUCUGUCAUUGGGCAGCUGAUUGGAUCAAGGGCUGAGCGGCUCCGGAUGAGGGCUGAGGCCCAGAGAGUGGGGGAGAUGGGCUGCAGCAGUCAUUGUGGGGUCGAGAAGGGCCCGGCCCAGUCUUCGUCUGCUGCUGGGGUGUGUGUCUGA